AUGGAGCUGAUGCUUAAAGGCCCAAGGAAGAAGAUGGACAAAAGGAGGCGUAGCUGGUCAAUCAAGGAAGAGGAAGUCUUGAUCAAUGCUUUGAAAGAUAUCAUAUCCAAAGGCUGGAAAUGCGAAAAUGGUUUCAAAACAGGAUAUCUGAGGCUACUUGAACGUGUAAUGAUGAAAGCUUUUCCAAACACGGACAUUAGAGCCGAACCUCACAUAAACUCAAAGAUUCACGUUUGGAAAAAGCAUCAUGGGUCAUUGGCUUCCAUGAUCAGGGUAGAUGGCAUAAGUUGGGAUGACUCAACCAAAAUGAUUAAGGCUCGGGAAGACGCGUGGAAUUCAUAUGUAAAGAUAGAUAGCAAUGCUCGCACGAUGAUAGGCAAGUCCUGGCCGUUCUUCCCGGACUGGUGCGAAAUAUUUGGCAAGGACAGAAUCAUUCGCGAAAACGCCGUUGAUUUCGUUCAUGAAAUCGAAACUCCAGACAAAGGAAAGGAGAAAGAAGAUGCUGCUGCUGCCGCUGCUGCUGCUGUUGAGGCAUGCUGCAUCUUUGACGAGGAAAACGAGAUGUCCGUUUGUCAGCCGGAGAAUGGCGGUGGGGCCCACACUAAGAAGAAAAGAAAAGCUGCCGCGGCGGCAGCAGCAGCAGCAGCCUCCGAGUGCAGUUCGGACCCUUUUGUGGAAGCCAUAAAUGUAUUCUGUGACAAGUUGGACGCGAGGUUCGAGGACAUUGCUCGGAGAAUCGGUUAUGAGUAUGACGUGUCGACUGCCAGGAGACAGGUGUACGCCGAGCUCGGAAAGAUUCCGGGCAUAUCCGUUAAGGACAAGUUGACCGUUGCUAGAUUUCUGGUCAACAACACAGGCGAUUUGGAUCUUUUCUUCAGCCUCCCGGAUGAAGAUAAAGUCGAGAUGGUUAGACUGAUAUUAACAGGAGAAUACUGA